UGUAUAAUUGUGUAUUUAUAAUUCAUGAUCUAUCAGAAAUUUAUCGCAGCUACAGAAGUCAGGUCGCGUUCCAGCGACCCCGCUGUUUAUGUGUGUGAUUUAAUUUGAACACGCGUGGGUUAUAACAGCCAGCUAUGCUGCGGAAUCAGGGCCGCGGUGCGCACAAUGCAUCGCGAUGGAGUCAACCACAGCAUUACAGUGUUGGCAAAUAUGUGGAAGAGCUUCUGCAAGCCUUCAGUCAGAUGGAUGGUACCGAGUUCUCGAGUAUGAUCAGUCUGAUGGACGGGCACGCCGAUCGUCUGCUGAGCACGGAUCUGUGCGAGGCGGAAGCGGAGAAUUCGCCGGAGCCGUCGGAGCUGCACACGCUGCACGCGCUGGGCAAGCAGUACAUGAACACCGUCUCCUGCCACCUGAAGGUGGUCUACUACCUCAGCCGACAGGACCACCAGAGCGCCUUCAACUACCAAGAGGAGAUGGCCAAGAUUGUUGCUGCUUCCCUGCCGAAACUGCCCAGUGACGAUCUUCCCUGGUAUUUGCCGGUCAUCAAUACGGUGGCACGUGAUCUCACAUCCUUGGCGCUGAAGUGCGACCAGUUAAUGUUGAACACUGAUGGGCAGACGUCCAGCAUCGAUCGGGCUUUCAAUAUGAUUCAAACCAUCGUCCGCACCUGCGCUGCUGAAAAGGGGGCAGCGGAGGAAGUAUCGAAGAAACGUGCUUUGGUGCCAUUGGUCAAUCAACUGUUUCGGCUGUGUUUUCGAACGGGCCGAGCGAAUCUGUGCAAGCCGCUGGUGCGGACCAUUGAGAAUCUGAAAGUGUUAGACCGAUGUCCGGCAUCCCAAGUGGUGACGUUCUACUACUUCGCCGGCAAGUUGGCCGUGGUGGAGGGCGACUACGUUUUGGCUGAGCAGAAGCUGACGAUCGCCUACCAACGCUGCUCCAAGCAGUUUCCUAAUAAUAUCAAAUCCAUUCUGCGACUGCUAGUGCCGCUCCGGUUACGACUGGAUGUUCGACCUUCGGAAGAAAUCUUGCGGAAAUAUGGCUUGGCACAGUUUACAGGCAUUGUGCAAGCACUGCAGCGCGCCGAUAUCAGUUUAUUCCAGCGAGCACGCGAUGAUAAUGAGCGGGACUAUAUUCGCUGGAGCAUAUUCUAUCUGAUUGAUAAUCUACGUUUGAUCAUGUUCCGGCAUGUCUUCCGAAAAUUAUGGAAAGUGCAAAAAGCGCACAUCAUCGCCGUUUCGGAUUUGACGGUAGCCUUGCGGGUGGCGGGCUACCGUACAUCCGUCGGCGCCAAUGAAGCUGAUCGGGAUGCGCUGGGACAGAUGCCCACCGAUGCCGAUGCGGAGUGCAUUGUGGUUAAUCUCAUUGGCGAGGAGCUGGUUAAAGCCUACGUGUCCUGGGCGCAGAAGAAGGUCGUUGUAUCGAAAACCGACGCCUUUCCAUCAUUGCGGAAAGGCUAAACGCCAGCGGCAUCCACACGAAACUUGCCAGCGCUUUAGAACUUUCCGUUGAAGUUUUAGAACUGUUUUUGAAUAUUGAUGGAGCUCCAUGUCUGGAGAGUGGAGACUGCACUAUACCAUUUGUUAAUAUUUUUAUUUGUGUGCAUUUAAUAGUGGAUUGGAUCAAAAGAAUUCGUUGUUGCAUUUUGUUAUUAUCUGUUGAUCCACGCCGGUCCGUGAUAUUCUACAAUAAAAAGUAUGG